AUGGAGUUAAUUUAAAAAGUCGGGAAGUAACUUAUAGAAGGAAAAGAUGUAGUUUCAGUUAGUUUACCUGUAAGAAUAUUUGAACCUAGGAGUACUAUAGAAAGAAUAUGCGAUAAUUGGGCUUUUAUGCCUAUAUAUUUAAGAAUGGCGGCUAACACUAAAGAUUAAUUAGAAAGAUUUAAACUUACUAUUAGUUACGCUGUAGCAGGUCUACAUAAUGCUUGUAAAUAAAUGAAACCUUUCAACCCGAUUUUAGGUGAGACUUUUUAAGGGUUUUGGCCUGAUGGAACUUCUAUAUGUAUUGAGCAUACAAGUCAUCAUCCGCCUAUAUCACAUUUUUAUGUUGAAGAUUAAUAGAAGAAAUUUUCUUAUUUUGGAUAUUAUGAAUAUAAAGCAAGAUUGAAAGGUGCUAAUUCAGUAUUAGGAAGCUAAGAUGGACCUAAUCAUGUAUUAUUUUAUGAUGGAUAGGAAAUUAUUUUUAGUUAUCCUCCAUGUAAAAUAACAGGACUUUUAUAUGGAACAAGAGUAUUAGAAUGGUUCGAUUAAAUGGUUUUUAGGGAUGAAAAAAAUGACUUGGAGUGUAUUUUGAGUUUUGAAUAGCCUGGAGGUUAUUUUUAUAAAGCUUAGAACCCUACGGACUUUUUUAUAGGUUAAAUUAGGAAGAUUUCGGAUAAAAAUAAUAUUAUUUGUGAAGUAAAAGGGUCUUGGUUAGAUUAUUUAAUGUUUGAUGGAAAAAAAUACUGGGAUAUUGAGAUUGUUGAACCUGCAGGGGUUAUUUGGGUUGAUAAACCUUUAAGUUCAGAUUGCAGAUAUAGAUAAGAUUUAAUUUUUUUAGCUUAAAAAGACCUUGAACAAGCUUAAGAAUGGAAAACUAGAUUAGAAGUUAUUUAAAGACAUGAUAGGAAAUUAAGAAAUGAUAAUAAUAAUAAAAAAUGA